AUGGCACCACCAGUAGCUGACGAAGAAGGAAUGGGUCCUUUGGAGCGCGGUCGUCGUCGAUACCAACAAAAAGACUAUUCCGGGUCUCUCUCAGCCUUCACCGAGGCUGUAAACAUGAGCUCUGGUUAUAUGAAGCUCAUGGCUCUGGACCAUCGCGCAGCAGCGCAGGAGAAGCUACAGAAAUUCCAGCCGGCCCUCUCAGAUGCGAAGAAGAUGAUAGAUUUGAAGCCAGAGCUUUCGAAGGUAGGAUAUCUCCGAUGCGGCAAAGUCUUGCAAUUGAAGGGAAACCCCGAGCUUGCAUUAAAGAUAUAUGAAAGAGGCCUGGGUAAGGUCAAAAUUGGGACCGAUGAUGAGCGAACUAUGUUACAAAUGAUGCACAACAAGACGAAGAGAGCCUUGGCCCCAAAGAAAGUUCUGGACCCUCUUGUCUUUCUGCCUCUGGAAUUAGCGGAGAUGGUCUGUCAGCAUCUUACAAUGAGAGAUAGAGUAAUAUGUCUUGCAGUUUCAAAGCCAUGGAAGCGUCUACUUGAAUCGUCACAUAAAUUAUGGACCACUCUGGACACGACAUUUGCUAAGAAGUCGAUGAAUCACAAAUCACUGAAAGCGCAUUUGAAGCGAUCGAAUUAUACCCUUGAUCACGCAAUUAUCACCUUGCGAGCAGGCUUGGAUCUCCAAAAAAUGACCUACAUCACUAGCAGUUGCAAGAAUUUACGUACACUCGAAAUUCGUGGAAGUGGUGUUAUUGGGGAAUCUCUUACUAAAUCAGUACCCUACUCACGCAGUUUAAACUCUGUGUCUGUGUCGAGUAGUUGCGCGAUUACACCCUCCGCUGUUCACGAAACGCUUACAUCUUUGCGGAAGACAAUAACCGAAGCUUAUUUCCUGUGUGUCAAAGGGUCUUUGCAUUCUCAUUCUCGAGAUUUUCCUCAACUUGAUUGUCUAAAGAUACUACAAUAUAAAGCUGCCGAGACGGGAACCAACUUCGACAUACACCGGCUUAUAAACGUCACUCCAAACCUUGAGUCCGUGGCUAUAAACAAUUGGGUUAUUGGGUCAACUUUCGACGCAUGUCUAUGGCCCAAACUACAACAGCUAGACCUUACCGACUCGCAUAUCACAUUGCUACCCGAUCUUCCACCUACACUGAAACACUUAAUCCUGAACAACAAUAGGAAUCUCCGCGUCGACAUUGGUGACCGACAAUUUCCUUCUCCUCCGCUGCUCGAGACCUUUGCCUGUGCAGGAACUACUCUCAAUAAUUCCGCCAUCAAAGAUAUCACCCGAGAAUCUAUAAAACGUGGAAACCUCAAAACGCUAUUGAUUGGCCGCCGUCUGGCUGACUCCAGAGGACGAGCCGAAGAUGAUUAUCCUGCCUCCGAGACGGUUGAAGAACUGUCCCUGGCUUCUUUGUGGGAGCAAGAACACCAGCUGAUCCAAAUCGUCAGCUUGUACCCCAACGUUCGAAAGCUGGAUGUCUCCAGCACCAAAGCAACAGGUGUUGCAGUGAAAGCUUUCGUUCAGAUGGGCGUUCAGUAUCUUAAGAUGAACGAAUGCAGUGAAGUCGGCAUUGAUGCGGUUGACUGGGCUCGCGGACAAGGGGUUGCGGUUGAGUUCAACUUUCCCAGCCGCAGUGGGAAUGCACGAGGAUAUCGAGACUCAGCUCUUGCUACGGGGUAUUGA